GGGCUGCGGGGCGAGCUGCGCGGCCAUGGCGGUGCUGCUGGAGACCACGGUGGGGGAUCUGGUCAUCGACCUGUACACGGAGGAGCGGCCCCGCGCUUGUCUGAAUUUCCUGAAGCUCUGCAAAGUCAAGUACUACAACUAUUGUCUUAUUUAUAAUGUACAGAGGGAUUUUAUUAUACAAACUGGUGACCCCAUGGGAACUGGUCGUGGAGGGGAAUCCAUAUUUUGUCAACUGUAUGGUGAUCAAGCCAGAUUUUUUGAGGCAGAAAAGGUGCCGAGAAUCAAACACAAGAAGAAGGGAACUGUGUCAAUGGUGAACAAUGGCAGUGAUCAGCAUGGAUCACAGUUCCUCAUUACCACAGGAGAAAACCUGGAUUACCUUGAUGGUGUACAUACAGUAUUUGGAGAAGUGACAGAAGGCAUGGAUGUAUUGAAGACAAUUAAUGAAACCUUUGUAGAUAAAGAUUUUAUCCCAUAUCAAGAUAUAAGGAUAAAUCAUACAGUAAUUUUAGAUGAUCCUUUUGAUGACCCACCUGGUUUGUGUGUUCCUGAUCGCUCUCCAGAACCUACAAAGGAGCAGCUUGACAGUGGCAGAAUAGGAGCAGAUGAAGAAAUUGAUGACAUGAAAGGACGGACUGCAGAUGAAAUAGAAGAAGUUCAGGCAGAAAAAGAAGCAAAAACUCGUGCCAUUCUUUUGGAAAUGGUGGGAGACUUGCCAGAUGCAGACAUCAAGCCACCAGAAAAUGUGCUUUUUGUUUGUAAACUGAAUCCUGUGACCACAGGUGAAGACCUGGAGAUAAUAUUUUCACGAUUUGGUCCCAUUAAAAGUUGUGAAGUGAUCCGAGACUGGAAGACUGGUGAAUCUCUUUGUUAUGCUUUCAUUGAGUUUGAAAAGGAGGAAGACUGUGAGAAAGCCUACUUCAAAAUGGACAAUGUGUUGAUCGAUGACAGACGGAUACAUGUGGAUUUUAGCCAGUCUGUUGCAAAGAUUAAAUGGAAGGGAAAAGGUGGGCGGUAUACCAAGGAAGAUUUCAAGGACUAUGAGAAGGACCGUGACAAACCUUCAAAAUUUGCUCUGAAAGAAAAGGUAAAACCAAAGCAAGAUGCCAAGUAUGACCUUGUGCUGGAUGAGGAUGUAGAAGAGUCUCACACAAGUCAGUCACACUUGGCUAAAAAACAGAAAAAGAAAAAGCACCACCACUCUGAAGAUGAAGAUGAUGACAAGAGGACCAAAAAAUCUAAGGAUUCUGAGCGGAAGCACGAGGAACGCUGCAGGGAGAGGCCCAAGAGUGAGAAGAAAGACCGGCAUCGGAGCCGCAGCCGUUCUCAGGAGAGAGAGUACUCUCACAGCAGACAAAAAGACAAGUACAGAGAAGAUGUCCGAGUGAAAGACUGGGAUAAAAAAGCAGACAGAAGCAGAAGUCCUAAGAAAUCAAAAGACAAAGAGAGGUCCAAGUACAGAUGAAGGACAAGGAAAAUACAGAGGGGAACUAAAAUAAUAAAUUUAUCUUUUUUCUUUU